AGCCCACGGGCCGCCCCCACAGCUGCCAUGAGACACGGCACCGGAGCAGUGCCACUGCUGCUCAACAUGUACCUGCCAGGUACGGGCGGACCCCCCCCCAGCCGCUGCCCCACCGCACCACGCAGCACCGCGCACUGCACAGCACCCCGGGCCCCAGCCCCCACCCACCCUGCCCCACUGCUCCCCUGGGGCCCUUCCUCUGCUCUGUCUUCCUCCAGCACCCACCCAGCCUUCCCCUGUCCUUCCGUCCCUUGCUGCCCGCUUUCCAUCCUUCCACCCACCCACACACCCAUUCCUUUGUCCUUCCUUCCAGCCUUUCUUCCAGCCUUCCACCCACAGGGACCCAUUCUUCUGUCCUUCUGUCCUUCAUCUGCCUACCCUUUCUCUGUCCUUCCAUCCAGACAGCCAGCCUUCCGUCCUUCCAACUCCACCAACCCCUCCUUUCGUCUUUCCUUCCACCCCUCAUCCAUCCACCCUUCCCUUGUCUUUCCAUCCAUCCUUCCACCCCCACCCACCUGUCCUUCCAUCCUUCUUUCCACUCCUAUUACUCAUUAUUCCCUCCAUUUAUCCACCAUUCCUUCCAUCAGUCCAUUCUUCCACCUUUUUAUCCCUUACCUGCCCUUCCCUACAUUCUUCUACCACCCACCCAUCAUUCUUAUUCUUCCCUCCAUCUAUCAUUCCACCUCCAUCCACCCAUCCUGUCUCCUAUCCUUCCAUCCAUCCACCCAUCCUUCCUUCCUUCCAUCCAUCUCUCCAACUAUCCUUUCCUUUUUCCAUCCAUCCACUCACAACCACCACUGCUUCUACAUUCAUUCUUCCUUCUAUCCGCCCGUCCUUCCAUCCAUCCUUCCAACCCACCCACCUCCUCUCCUUCUCCCCCUGCCCUGCAGAUCUCUCCCUCUCUUCCUCUUGCUCUCAUACCCCAGCCCGUGGGAUUUUCUAUUCCUAUUUAAAAGCUUUCCCAGCUCUGUCGGAAAUCGGAUUUCCUUUUUCCUGGACGCAUUUCCUGGCUUCACCGCGGCGGCAGGGCAGGCGAGGGGGAGCAGCCGGGGGCUGUGGGGAGGCUGCCCGCGGGCGGGUGCCGGGGGGUCGCGGUCCCGCCUGGCCCCGGCCCCCCCACCCGCGCCCCUUUUUCCCGCAGAUCCAGUCGGGGAAACUUUGUUCAAAGACGGCAAGAGCCAGGCGUGGGGGUCCCUCAACCCGGGCGUGCAGAAAGGCAGCGGGCAGAUCCAGCUGUGGCAGUUCCUGCUGGAGCUGCUCUCGGACCGGGCCAACCUGAAUUGCAUCGCGUGGGAAGGCACGAAUGGAGAGUUCAAGCUGAUAGAUCCCGACGAGGUGGCACGCCGCUGGGGUGAGCGGAAGAGCAAGCCCAACAUGAAUUAUGACAAGCUGAGCCGGGCCCUCCGCUACUACUACGACAAGAACAUCAUGACCAAGGUCCACGGCAAGCGCUACGCCUACAAGUUCGACUUCCAUGGGCUGGCACAGGUGUGCCAGCCCGCCGCCCCCGAUCACACCCUCUACAAAUUCCAGGGCAACCUGGCCCCACUGCCCUUCUCAGGCAUCUCCAAACUCAACCUCAUGACCUCAGGGGUCACGCCAGCCGGCUUCUCCUACUGGCCUGGCUCCAGCCCAUCCCUCUACCCCGGGCACAGCCUCCAGCCCUCUGCCCCCUUCAGUGCCAUGGCAGCCUCCCAUCUUAACAACAUGAACAACCAUUACCAUUAGAGGCAGAGCUGCACCAAGCGGACCUCCCUGUCCCUGGCAACAUGGGGUUGUGCCAGGCUGGGGGGCUUGCCGGGAAGGGACAGGGGGUGGGAUCAUGCCCUGCUCUCAGCUGCCCCCUCUUUGAUUUGGAGAGUGGCGUGGGAGGAGAGGGGUGGUUACAGGGUAGUGGGGCUCGUUCCACUCUGAAGGUGGUCAUAGGGCAGAAGGCAUCUAAAUUAAGGGUGAGGAGAGAUCCAUGACCCUGGGAGUGGGCAAGACACCUCAAAAUGGGGUGUGAAUGGAAGGAAAAAAGCAUAGACCUCCCCCCAGCAGGGACCGAGACCCCCUCUUUCUUUUGCAACAUGCCCCUCACCCCAUAAACCCCAUUAUACUCUGCUCCCAGCCUGUGCCUGCCUUCCUGUCUCCCCAGAGACCCUGAUGGCAGUCUGAGCCCACAGGAGUCAGGAGCUGGAGUGCUGUGACAGUCCCACUGGGCAGGAAUGGGAGGGGACCCUCUUUGCAGCUCCGUGGUCCCCUACCCUUGUCUCCAAGCCCUUCCUUUCCUCCCAUAGGCUGCCACUACUCCUACGUCUUCUGCCCUGUCUCCUCUUCUAGACCACAGGAGAAGCCUCUAGUCUGGAGAGCAGGUCCCCUGCACCAGCUAACUCCUGCCUGGGGCGGAUGUGCUCUGGGACAGAGGUGCUGGGCAGGUGUGAGGGCACUGCUGUCCAGGGCAAAGCCUGGAGGGAGCAGAGCCUGGCAACUGCUACUCUGCCCUCUUCCAAGUGCAUGAGGCCCAUGCUGCAGAGCAGGACAGUCCCAGACAUCCUGCACAUGAACCUUGGCCAUAUUGCUCUGUUCUAGAUAAAGUUAAUGCUUGUUUUACUGUGCCUUUAGCCACUUGCAUGCAGGGUUUGGUGAGCGAUCCUCCAAGGAUGGGGAAUCCCCCCCUCAGGUGCAAGACUGGGGGGGGGGUAGGGGGGAAGUGGAGCAGAAGAAAGGUCAACACAAGGGCUGUGAGCCCCAGGCACUGAGGGGCAGGCCUGGAUCUCUUGCCCUGGGUCCAUGGAAGUGCCCCCUUCCUCCAGUGUAGGGCUUUGGCCCAGUGGCCAAAAGUGGUCCAGUGGCAGAAGAGCUGGGCAUGCUGGGCUCUGCGCAGGCUGGGGGGAGUGAUUUAUCUUCAAUAAAAUGGAGAGGUGCUGUGA